AUGCAGAAAGCCCUUCUUCUGAACUCGAAAUAUGGAAAUUUUGUCGUGUCCGAUAUCCCUCGUGAAUCGCCUGGAGUAGGCGAGGUCCUGAUCAAAGUGCAGUCCGCGGCUCUUAAUCCUGUCGAUUGGAAGAUACAGAGAUUCGGCUACCUCAUCGAUGGAUAUCCUGCUGUACUAGGGAGCGAUAUCGCGGGCGACGUUGUUGAGGUUGGCGAGGGUGUUUCGGAUUUCCAGAAGGGCGACAGAGUCUUCAGCCAGGCCGUCUUCAAAAAGACUCGUGGAGCGUUCCAACAAUAUGUCGUUGCCUCCACUUCAUCCUUGUCAAAAAUACCUCCCAAGUUUUCGUAUGAUGAAGUAUCCACAUUGCCCAUGGCCCUAACAACUGCCUUUGCAGGCCUCUACAAAGAUCCUGACUCUGGCCUUGGAAUCACACCGCCAAUAACUGAAGAGGCUCGGGGCAAAUAUGCCAACACUCCAAUCGUCAUACUUGGUGGCUCCAGUUCUGUAGGGCAAUAUGUCAUUCAGUUUGCUAAGCUCUCAGGCUUCUCUCCAAUCAUUGUAACUGCAUCGCCCUCGCACACCGAUUCCCUAUUGGAGAUCGGAGCAUCAAAUGUGAUUGACCGAAAUCUAUCUACAUCCUCUCUAAGCGAAGAGAUAGGAAAAAUCACAUCCAAACCUAUUCAUUUUGUUUUUGAUUCCAUUGCAUUGGCAGAAACACAGCAAACUGCGAUCGAUAUCAUAUCUCCUGGCGGUCGUGCCGUCGUUGUCUUACCGGCUGUAGUGGCUCCAGCUGAAGGAAAGUAUCUCUCCAAAACAAAUGCAGGACACGUGCAUCCAAUCCCUACCUUCUAUCGUGAACACCUCUACGGAUUUUUGGAGAAGGGUUUCAUCACGCCAAAUCGAUUUGAGAUUCUACCGAAUGGUCUAGCUGGAAUCGUGGAAGGACUUGAAAGGCUGGAGGCCAACAGAGUGUCUAGGUUGAAGCUUGUGGCGCGUCCUCAGGAAACAUUGUAG